AAAAAUUGGUGAAUGAUGACCCACAUCUAGCAUCGAAACGUACGGAAAAAAUGUAUUAACUUCCCGUAGGAUUAUAUUAAUGACAGUGAAUAGUAGCAUUUAAAAAAUGAGAACAGUAUUAUUAAAUUUAUCAUUAUUAUUAUUAAUAAUAAAUGGACAAAAUGCUGAAAAACCAAAAAGACAAAAGAAUAUUUUGUGCAUCAUGGCUAUGGCAUCGCCGAGUCACCACAUUUGGAACAAAGCAAUAAUGCAAACCCUGGCAUCUAACGGCCACAAUGUGACAGCCCUGAGUAUAGACACUGAUGAAACAUCUGGUCCCAACAUACACUACUUAAAAAUAAACGGCGUGUACGAAUCCUUGUAUUCAGGAGACGAACCAUUUGAUUUACUCGAAUUCUCCAAAAAAUCACUCAUAGGAAUCACCGUGGACACUGCCAAAUGGUUCCUCACAGUCUGCAGAGCCUCUUUAAGAUCAGAAGGGGUACAAAGGUUACUAGAGUACCCUAAAGACUUCAAAUUCGAUUUAGUCAUAUUCGACUACACAAACUUACCAUGUCUCCACGGAUUUGUAUCCAGAUUCAAUUCUCCUCCACAAAUAGGCAUAACUGCUUUUGCCAAUCCACCACAUACAAGCGACUUGGUGGGGUCACCAAAUUUCGUAUCACUAAAACCCCAUUACACGACCACCAUGGGGUCAACAAUGUCUUUUCUGGAGAGGCUCUACAACUCCCUCCUGUACUCAGUGGAGUUGGUGCAGAGGAGGAUGCUCAUCUGGUGGGUAAGAAAUGAGGUUAGAGAAGUUUUUGGUGAUGACGAGUUGGAUGUUGGUGCUUUGGAGAAGGAGGUCGAGUUGGUUAUGGUUAAUAGUCAUCCAGGAAUGGAUGUGCCUGAGCCGGUGUUGCCUAAUGUGAUACAGGUUGGGGGGUUGCAGAUUAAGGAACCAAAAGCUCUACCAGAGGAUCUCAAGAGGUUCCUGGAGUCUUCAAAAAAGGGUUCCGUACUCUUCAGCCUCGGAACCAAUAUGAAAAGUGAAAUAAUCGGCGAGGAAAAGAUCAGCAUGUUCAUCAACGCAAUUUCGAGGUUCCCCGAGUACAACUUUUUAUGGAAAAUCGAACUAGAAAACAGGACUUUCCCGAAAAAUCUGAUGGUGCGGAAGUGGUUGCCACAGAAUAAUGUCUUAGCUCAUCCCAAUAUAAAACUGUUUAUAACUCAUGGGGGCUUAUUGAGUUCUCAAGAAUCGACAUGGCACGGAGUACCCAUCAUUGGGAUGCCCUUUUUCGUCGACCAGCACACGAAUGUGCAAAAGUCCGUGGACGCUGGUGUCGGCGAAAAAUUGGACUUUUUCCAACUCACCGAAGAAAUUGUUUAUCAGAAAAUUAAAAUGAUAUUGGAAAAUACCAGUUACCGUCAAAAGAUGGCGCUGCGUUCGUCGCGUUUCCGCGAUCGCCCGAUGCAUCCGCUACAAGAGGCGACAUGGUGGUGCGAAUACGUGCUAAGGCACAACGGAGCCCCCCACCUGAAGUCCCUGGCGGCAGUUAUGGAGGCCCCCGCACUCUUCAUGUGGGAUCUGAUGCUCGUGUGGCUUGGAAUAUUUUUGGGAGUCGCAUUUUUGGUAGUCUUUGGGCUCAGGAAGAUCUUUAGGAGAAAAGAAGUUACAAAUAUUAGACGAAAAGAGUUUGAGGAGAAAAAAAUUAGAUAAAUAUAUGGUUUUUAGGAAAAUGUGAAGAUUAGUUCAAUUUUAUUUGGUGGAUGUUGUUUUUGUUGAAAAUAUUUGUUGUUGAUAUUUUUUGU